AUGAAUGAACCAGUGUUAGUUAGUAUUGAAAUACCAGAUAAUAUACAAAUAAUAAAUGGAAAGAAUAUUUUCAAGAAAGAUAUUAAUAAAUUUAUUAUUCCAUCUUCAAUUACUAAAGUAGGUGAUUAUUGUUUUAGUAAUUGUCCAUCAUUAAAAUCAAUUAACAUAUCAUCAUCAAUCAUUGAAUUAGGAUAUGAGUGUUAUAAUGGAUGUUAUUCAUUAAAAUCAAUUAAUAUACCAUCAUCUGUUAGUAAAUUAGGAAAUUAUUGUUUUUCUAGAUGUACGUCAUUAAAAUCAAUUAAUAUUCCUUCAUCAAUUAAAGAAAUAGGAAAUGAUUGUUUUUAUGAAUGUUCAUCAUUAAAAUCAAUGAACAUAGAUAAUCUACAGUUUGUUAGUAAAGAAAGAAUAUUUAUGAAUGAACCAGUGUUAGUUAGUAUUGAAAUACCAGAUAAUAUACAAAUAAUCAAUGGAAAGAAUAUUUUCAAGAAAGAUAUUAAUGAAUUUAUUAUUCCAUCUUCAAUUACUAAAGUAGGAAGUGGAUGUUUUUAUUUAUGUUAUUCAUUAACAUAUAUUAAUAUUCCAUCAUCAAUUAGUGAAAUAGGUGAUUGGUGUUUUCAAGGAUGUUAUUCAUUAAAAUCAAUUAAUAUACCAUCAUCUGUUAGUAAAUUAGAUAAUUAUUGUUUUUAUUUAUGUGAAUCAUUAACAUCAAUUAAUAUACCAUCAUCAAUUAAAGAAAUAGGAAAUGGUUGUUUUGAUGGAUGUACAUCAUUAACAUCAAUUAAUAUACCAUCAUCAAUUACAUUAUUUGGAGAUGGAUGUUUUUAUGAGUGUGACUGUGAAGAAGAAUAA